AUGGAGGGGCCGAAUAAGCUCUCGAGCCUCCUGGACAGCGAGGAUGUGAAAGCAACCGAAGAUGGCGGCGUUGCCGCCUCCACAGCGCUGGAAAGUGAAGCUGUCAAGUUAAUGGCCAAGCUCGACCGAGUAGAUCUCGCCAGAGCGGUUUCCGCUCUCGGCGCCCAUGUUGACGUCGCCAAGGUGUUGCGUGAAGCUCUCCCGGAUGUGUUGGAACAAAGGGUUCAGCAAUUAGAAGCCAGCGACCAGCAAGAAGAAUUCACUGGAAUUAACCUGCUGGAUUCAACGGAGGUCGUGCCGUCACCGGACGUUAAUAUGCCCAUUGACGGAGAAUCGCAUUCGUUCCCGGAGUACUUCCUGCAGAUCGCAAAGUUCGCGCCGUUGAGGCUCAAUCUGGGUGAACGCAAACUCAUGCGCCUGUUAGACAGCACGCUGCACGUGAGCGAGUACACGGACAAGAUCGACAUCCUUCACGAUGGCAGCAAAACACGCCGAAUAGUGAAAGAGAUCAAGGAGGUAUGUGCCAUCCUCAGCGGUUUGGCGAUUGCGCACAAUUACGACGAUGGGCAGCGCCUGGUCCGAGACCGGGAGUAUGCCGCAAACGCCGAAUUCUUCCGGAACGUUUUCGAAAUCGGAAGGAGGUACAAGAUUCUCAACCCGGACAAAAUCAGGAACUCUUACGGGAAACUGAUCUACUUCCUCAUGGACUCACGCAAACCCGAGAUUCAGGAGCUGCUCAACUUCGACUGCGUGGCGCCCGUCAAAACCGUAUUCAGCCUGCUUGCCACCAAGAAGCGCGGACUCGACAUGUUGCACGAUCCCAAGAUAAAGCUGGCAACCAUGGAAAUAACGCCAGAGGGCAAGUCGCGUUCCGAAGUGCAGCGCGAAAUUGCCGCCAAGGAAGAGGCCGUUCGCUACCUGACGAACAAGUACGCGCGCAAGAAGAGCGGCGGCAUCAUGGGCAUCGAAUUUUCAUUUAUCACAAGACCGUUCUCAAGUUCGACCGACGCUGCCGACGAGGGUGAAAUGACACCAGAGGAGGUAGAGACAUGCCUUUACUCACUCUCGGACCACUACUCACAUCUCCGCGCAUUCCGCAGACCUUGUGACGUCAUGAUCGCAUAUCUCAAGGACAAUUUUAACCCCAACGACCCCAACCCCAAGUACAACCUGUCUAUCAACGCAGGCAGCGACGGCGCACGCCUCAGCCACGGGCACGCGAAGCAGUUCACCUACGUCCUACAAUCGCUGACGCUCUGGAGGGAAAUCGCACACGACAUGUUCGCCCUAUGGCACUACGCGGAGGCGGACCUGCUGGACGCGGAAAACCCAUACAGGCUGCGCAACACUGGACAGGGACUCAACCGAGUUCAGUACGGCCCAAAUGUAGUGAACGGAAUGCGUAAGAUACUGCGAAGGGUUCAGCAGCAAGUCGGCUCGUGGGUGGGAUCCAACAUGGUACACCUUGGCGACCACAAUGUGCCAAACUCGUUCAUGUUCAUAGACAAAUACACACAAAUACCGCGGAUUCUGUCGCCUAUAGUCUCAUGCAUCGAGAAAAUACCGGAGCUGUACGCAUCCACUGAUGCGAUGAGGACGUACAUCGACACCCAAUUCGGUGGGCCCAAGCGGCUCAAAAUGGUCAUCCUCACGGACUUCUUCAGGCACGCGUUCGACGGAAGUGGUGCGGACAACUUUAACGACGCGGGAAGCUGCAUCGACGGCCGGCUCACCUCGGCCUGGAACUGGUGCUCGAAGAUAGAAAAGAAGAAAUAUUUCCCUAUCUUCCUCCUCACCUCGUUCUGCGGCUUCGACGGCAGCUUCGGCGAGGGAUGA